AUGCACUCACGUAUUGCUGCAGUGAAGGCACCCCGCACACACAACCGUCGCUGCGUGACCGGAUCCAGCGGAAGGAGGAGGGAAGGAAGAGAGAGUGAGCCGAAGAGGCCCAACAUGUCGCGGCGUGUGUUUACUUCCGCGGUGCUGCUUCUUCUUUUCGUGAUGACGUGCUGUGGGAGUGGUGGAGCUGCUUCUGCUGGGGGGAGUAAUGUAAAGAAAGCAGUUGAUGCGUUGAGUGGGAUUGGAUGGGAAAAGCUUGACAAGUGGGAGGAAAUUGCCAACGCUGGUGGUAAGUAUGGCUCGAUUCGUGGUCCCAGUCUCGUUGAGGUGCAGGGUCAUGUAUUUGCUAUUGCUGAAGUCCAUUGCAAGGAUGGAGGCGAGUGCAGCAAAUUCAGCUUUACUGGGAUUGCGUCAAAGUACCUUGGUUUAAAUGUUGAUGCUGGUCCAACGGAGAUCUCGACGACGAAUGCAAGUAUAUUUGGCGCAGAUCUUCUAAAGGAAGGGUCUGAGGGCAUCAACACCAGAAACGGCAUAACGCGACCAACGACGGUUGUACUUGAGGAAAGCGUUUACGUGCUUCUGGGAAACUACAGCCAUACAAGGCCGCAGGUUGGGGGUACGAAUGAGCGGGGCCUUUUACUCGUGAAGGGAACUCUCACUGAAGAAAAUGGAAAGAAGCAAAUCAGAUGGAAUGAGACCCAUGUGAUGAAGCCUGAACCCAAAGGAUAUUCUCAUUCCUUGAGCGAGUUGAUUGGCGGUGGAGGAUCGGGUGCUGUGUUGCGUGACGGCACGCUUGUGUUUCCCAUGCAGGCCAAAGACAAGGAUGGAACGAGCUUUUUACUGUCUAUGCGUUUCUCCAAUUCAAGGAAGAAAUGGGAGCUUUCCUAUAUGACUGGUAAGGGCUGCCGGGAUCCAACCCUGGUGAAGUGGGAAGAAUACGAAUACGGCGAAGAACUCUUCAUGAUGGCUCAUUGUGCUGGAGGCUACUAUGACGUUUACAGGUCCACUUCGGAUGGAGUCAAUUGGAAUGGGCACUUCCAACCAAUUACCCGCGUGUGGGGCAACUCACACAAUCGAAAGGGGUACGGCGUCCAGAGUGGAUUCACCACCGCAAUCAUUGAGGGAAAGGAGGUGAUGCUCAUCACCGCGCCGGUGUAUGCGAAGGAGGACAAUGAAGGUGGAAAAGGUCGGCUCCAUCUUUGGGUGACGGACAAGGCACGUGUGUAUGAUGUUGGGCCGGUAUCUCGUGAAGAUGAAGACGCUGCCGCGAGCUCCCUGUUGCUGAAAGGAAAGGAUAAUAAGGAGUUGAUUUCACUGUACGAGAACAAGAAGAGUGACGGAUCAUACAAUCUUGUUGCUGUGCGCCUGACCGAGAAACUGGAGCGGAUAAAGGAAGUGGUGAAGACAUGGCAAAAUUUGGACAGCGCCUUGCAAUCAUGCAUUUAUCCUGCCGGGUAUGACUCGGUGUCAACAAGGGGUAUGUGCGUUAAUCGUGUUCCCACCGAGAGGCUUGUUGGCUUUUUGUCCGGUAACUCAACUCAGACCGAGUGGAGGGACGAGUACCUCGGCGUGAACGCAACAGUGACGAAUGGGGAGCCAAGGGUUCCCAAUGGAUUGACGUUUAAAGGACCCGGAGCAGGAGCGGAGUGGCCUGUUGGCAAAUUGGGCCAGACUGUGCCGUACUACUUUGCUAACACCGAGUUUACUCUUGUGGCGACGGUGUCCAUCCACGAGGUGCCGCAGAGUGGCAGCAUUCCUUUGAUGGGCGUGAGGAUGAAUGACACCAAAAGCACGGUGCUCUUUGGUCUGUCGUACACCCAUGAAAAGAAGUGGCUGGCCAUAGCGGAGGAUCCUGCUACUUCGAAGCUCGUCGAUGGGUGGGAGCCAAACAAGACAUAUCAGGUGGUACUAAAAAUGAAUUCUAAUUCUUGGACUGUCCUUGUGGAUCGAGAGGAAAUCCACAACACGAACUAUAAUGACCAUCUGUUUGACUUCCACAGGAUUUCACACUUCUACAUCGGUUGGGACAGUAAGAACCAAAGUGCAACGGGCGGCCAUGUGACGGUGACCAACGUCAUGCUGUAUAACGAGGAACUGUUUGGAGAUGAUCUGUAUGAACUCCAUGCCAGCAAAGUCACUGUUCCAUCACUUGGUGAUGAGAAACAGUCCACAGGUCCGGUGGCUGGCACAGACGUCUCAGUUGCUUUCGAGUCAAACAGUGAAGAAAGCGCCACCAGCAAUGAGGAAUUGACUGGGGAUGAUACUCAUGAACAACGAGGAAAAAGCGUCCAUAUUUUGGUGCCUGCAGCGUCCCCUUCCACGGAUGCCGCGGGAUCAUCUGUUCCUGAACCCGCCACCGCAACGGAGAGUGCAGGGAAUUCUCGUUCAGAGGACAAUGCCCAGCUUUCCGAAGGCGAGACGUCUCAGCAAGCCACGCUGAAUGAAGACAAUGAAUCGAUGCAGCGGGAUUCGGAGUUGCAGACACAAGAAUUACAGUCAGAGGAGUCAACGGAGGCCACUGAUUUUGAAGGAUCCGCUGAAAGUUAUGGUACAGAACAGCCAGAGGAGGAGGGAGGAACGAAUGGCAGGAGUGGCGGAUCAGUGUCUUCAGGGGCUGCAUCAUCGGAUAUGGACACGGUUGCUACACCAGUGAACGGUGAGCACCAAGUGCAACAAAUCACUGAGCCUUCCGCUGAAAAUGACGACGUGCGGUCCACUGGAACCGUAACUACCGGCGCGGAGGAAAGUUUCAGCCUCGAGGCGGGGGACGGAAAUUCCGAGAGAACAAUGAACUCAGACGGCAGCCUCACUCCUUCAAAGAGUGACGCCGAACCGACAUCCGCGGAGGACACCGACAACAUCUCUCGGACUGAAGGAGAAGAAUCUUCUUCUGAAGACGUCAAGGAGGUGCCACAGACGGUCGACACCGCACCGGGCAAUACAAACACCACGCCUGGGGAAACCAUGAUCCCAUCGGAGUCCAACGCAACAACACCAUCAGACACUGACGUUUUGCUUGAGCACGGGAAGUUCGGGGACUUGUUGGCCAUGGGUGAAUUUGCUGAAAACACCGUGCAUGUGUGUGUGUCUCGGGUGUCGUUGCUUCUGCUUCUGGGGCUGUGGGGCACUGCGGCUCUCUGCUGA